AUGGGCCCUGCUGUCCCCGUGGUCCUGCUGCUGAUUUUGCUAGGGUCUUGCCAAUACUCUUUUACCAAAAAGAAAAGUUUGCAAUCAGUGUGUGGACGACCUGUAUACCAUGGACGCAUUGUGGGUGGCCAGGCUGCUGCUUUGGGCCGCUGGCCUUGGCAGGUCAGCCUGCAGGUUGACCAGACCCACAUUUGUGGAGGUUCCCUCAUCAGCGACCGCUGGGUACUGACGGCAGCACACUGCGUAAAAAAGACCUGGUAUGCUCUUUUCUACACUGUGUGGCUUGGAUCCAUUGAUGUAAACUACUCAAGUAAAGGCAAGGAAUUCUAUGUGUCCAGAAUCGUCAUCUAUCCCAAACGGGACGGUUUUUUAGAUGGAGACAUUGCCCUGCUCAGACUGUCUUCCCGGGUCACCUUCACAGAUGUCAUUCUGCCCAUUUGCUUGCCCAAUGCCUCAAAGCAGCAUACACUCCCAGCUUCUUGCUGGGUGACUGGAUGGGGACAAAAUAAGGAAGGUCAUUACCCUUCUACCCUCCAAGAAGUUGAAGUACCCAUGGUUACCAGAGAGGCCUGCGAAAAACUGUACAACCCUAUCGGCGCAUUCGUCCCAGAACUGGAGCGGGUCAUCAAGGAGGAUGCACUCUGUGCUGGUGAUAUUCGGGAGGAGAAGGACAGCUGCAGGGGCGAUUCUGGAGGGCCUCUUUCAUGUCACACCGAUGGUGUCUGGACCCAGAUAGGUGUGGUGAGCUGGGGUUUGGAAUGUGGCAAAAAUCUUCCUGGAGUCUACGCCAACGUGACCUACUAUCAAAAAUGGAUCAGGGCCAUUAUCUCAAGAGCUCGGGGCUUGGGUGGUGAUUACGUGACUUCUUGUUCUCUACUUUCUCUGGCUCUCCUGGGAUCCUCCUGAGCCUUGGCUCUAACAUGAUACCAACAGUAUAUAGAGCUCAUGCUGCUGAGGAGCUAAUGGGAUGGGAUGUGUGGAAAAUAAAGCCUUGGGCAGAGAAAUCAUAA